AUGUUGCCGUCUUACUUCAUGACGACUGCAGCCGCGUUGUGCGCGCUGCUCCCCGAGGUUACGGGUUUCCUGGCACCGAGUGCAUUCAUGGGAUCCAACACGGCACCAACAGCAGCAGCACGGGCUGCUGCCGCCUCAAGCAGCCGAGUUCCCGCGCUUAGGAUGGCAGAGGAGGCCGCUGCCGGGGAAGGCGAGGAAGCACCGGCGCCGACUGCGUCCGACAUCAGCAAGGGCAUCGCCCACCCGGAGGCCAUCUUCACGGUGCCCGAGAACAUCCUCAAGGUGCUGCCGCACCGGUACCCGUUCGCCCUUGUGGACAAGGUCUUGCACUUCGUUCCCGGCAAGAGCAUCAUCGGCAUCAAGUGCAUCACCAACAACGAGCCCCAGUUCACCGGCCACUUCCCGGACCUGCCCAUCAUGCCGGGAGUCCUGCAGGUUGAGGCCAUGGCGCAGCUCGGGGGGUUGAUUUGCCUCCAGGAGCCGUGCAGCGAUGGUCAAGGAACGUUCUUUUUCGCGGGUGUGGAUGGGGUAAAAUGGCGCAAGCCCGUGGUGCCGGGAGACGUCCUCGUCAUGGAGAUGGAGCUGGUCAAGUGGAAGCCUAGGUUUGGUCUGGCGAAGAUGACCGGGAAGGCCUACGUCGACGGAGUGCUUGCACUAGACGUGAAAGAGUUUACCUUCGCCUUGGCAAAGUCGUAGAUAGAUAUAUAGUAUGUACUCGUAGAACAGCUCUUGGUUUGUUUUUGGGUGGGCGGGGCGUCAGAAGGGGGCGCGCUGCUAUAGCGCCCUCGGCCUUCCUGGGUUGUUACACACGAGUAGUGAAGUCGAGAUUUUCGUAGGGUGUGUUUGUUGAGUCGUGCUUCGAAGCGAUUUUUGCAGUCCAACGUCGUCUUACAGAUUUUUAAGGUGCACAUGCGUAUGAUAU